CCCAACAAUCACACCGCCCAGGAACAACCUCCCUCGUCCUCCACAUCAGUCGAAGGUCAUCCGAAGCUCCCCUCCUCUACACUCUAUCCCGGCGCAUUUCGAGGCACAGCCCACCGCGCCGACUCUCGCCUCUCCUAUCCCACGGCGCCCCGUUCAACCUUCACCCUGGAUUCCUCAAACUUCGCAACGGGCGCUCCAGCCCAGUUUCACCCCAGUGUGGACACCAUGGAGCAGGAGCAGGCCAUAAGCCCGGCGGCCUAUGUUGUGGCCCCCGAUCCGGCUUUCGCCCCGGCCCCGAUUCAGUCCCCGAUCGGUUUGCCGACCGAUCCGCACGACGAUACUCUUAGCGGCGUCGAGGGCGUCACCCACCAAGCAUUACCAGACCAUAAUAUCCACGACCACAACGGCUUCCACGAGCAGCAGCAGCACCUCGUUCAAUUACAGCCCCUCGACCACAGCGUGAGCAACUCACCACGGUCCCCCUACCCGACCGACAACACAGACAGCGAGCCGACCGCCCGGUACGCAACCCCGCCGAUUUCCGCCCCUGCGAUAUCCCGGCCCCCAUCCGGCCUUUCCGGGCAGGGCGCAGCCUACGGAGCAGAUCAGGUGUCAAGGGCGGGCAGCAAUGGAGCGCAGGCCGAGUCGUCGCAGACCCCCGGGCGAAACCACGUCGUGAUCAAGGUCGGCAUGGUGGGCGAUGCUCAGAUUGGCAAGACAAGUCUGAUGGUCAAAUACGUCGAGGGGAGCUGGGACGAGGACUACAUCCAGACUCUGGGUGUGAACUUCAUGGAGAAGACAAUCAGCAUCCGGAACACCGAGAUCACCUUCAGCAUCUGGGAUUUGGGCGGCCAGCGCGAGUUCGUUAACAUGCUACCGCUGGUGUGCAACGAUGCUGUGGCGAUCCUAUUCAUGUUCGACCUGACACGGAAGAGCACCCUGAACAGCAUCAAAGAGUGGUAUCGUCAGGGGCGCGGCUUCAACAAGACCGCCAUCCCCGUGCUUGUAGGGACAAAGUACGACCACUUUGUGAACCUGUCGCGCGAAGAGCAGGAGGAGAUCUCGAACCAGGCUCGGCGUUUCGCAAAGGCAAUGCGCGCGGCAUUGAUCUUCAGCAGCACCAGCCACAGCAUCAACGUCCAGAAGAUCUUCAAGAUUGUGCUCUCCAAGGCGUUCGACCUGAAAUGCACCAUCCCUGAAAUCACCAAUGUCGGCGAGCCGCUGCUGAUUUACCAGUCCUGUUGAGGACCGCUUGGCCACCAGGUAUCAGAGCAACGUGUGCGGGUUACAAGAUAACCAUAAUACACCCGACCGCCCUGGAGUGGUACACCACAUCGG